AUGGCCUCACUCGACAAGCUCGCCAUUCGCGGCGUGCGCUCUUUCGACGACAAGUCGAUCAACAUCAUACAGUUCUUCCAUCCUCUCACUGUAAUCGUUGGCUACAACGGCAGCGGCAAGACCACCAUCAUCGAAUGCCUCAAAUAUGCUACCACCGGUGAUCUUCCACCCAAUACGAAAGGAGGUGCCUUUGUACACGAUCCACAAAUGGCCACCUCCAACGAGGUCAAGGCACAGGUUCGUCUCCGAUUUUAUGCGGCCAACAAGGUUCGCAUGAAUUGCGUGCGCAAUUUACAGGUCUCGCGCAAGAAGGGCGGUGGUCUCACGAUGAAGACGCUUGAGGGCCUGCUACAGAUCGCCGACGAAGAUGCAAAGACUGGAAAGCGAGGUACGCUUUCCACGAAAUGUUCCGAGCUGGACGAGGAGAUCCCAAGGCUUCUCGGCGUUUCCAAGUCCAUCCUGGAGAACGUGAUAUUCUGCCAUCAGGAAGACAGCAACUGGCCUCUCUCUGAGCCUGCCAGUCUGAAGAAGAAAUUCGACGAUAUCUUCGAAGCCACACGCUACACGAAGGCCCUCGACAACAUCAAGACGCUUCGAAAAGACCGCACGAAUCAGCUCAAGGUCGACAAAGCGGCUCUAGAGGGUCUCAAAGUAGACAAGGAUCGAGCGGACACGAUCAAGACCAAGCUCACACACCUUCAAGCUGACUUGGCGCAGAAGGAGGCAAAGCUUGAAGAUCUUAAUGAGGAGAUUCGCAUCAAGACGGUGCAGAACUCCAAGUUCUACGACGAAGCGACCCGAUUCCGCGAAAUCGUCAGCCGUGCAGAGACGCUCGAAGAGAAGGAGAGACUUCACAAAGAGAACAUGGAAGCAUUGCAAGCAACCAUGACACCCAUCAAAGACACAGACGAGGAACUGCAAAAGCGCAAACAGAGCUUUCGCUCUCACCUUGACCAAGCUCAGUCCAAAAUUAACUCGCUCAAGAAGCGCACAGCAGAGAAAGAGGACGAGCUCGAAACAAACGAGCAGCGCCAUCGCAAAAAGCUGUCCGAAAAGGGUGGUCUCGAAGCCGAGAAGCGUGCACAUGUUCAGGCGAAAGAGAAGCGCGAGGCUUCGAUCAAGCAGAUCGCAAACGAGCUUGGUAUCAAAGGCUUCGGUGGUGAAGACCUCACUGAUACACAGAUCCGCAGCUUUGAGGAUCGGGUCAAGGAAGAGGUGCGAAAGCUCGAUGAUGAGUUCGCACGCCUGCGCGAAACCAACUCGAAGAAGGACGACGAACUUACUACGGCAUGGCAGAAUCUGCGUGCUGAAUUGCGAGCUAAGCAGAACGCUCGCGAGCAGCUCACAGACUCGGUUCGUAAACUCAAAGACAAGGUUAAGAGAGCACAGGAUGACCUCGACGGGUACGCUUUGAGCAAUGCCGAUAUCGAGGCGGCGGAGCGCGACCGAGACAACCUCUCUGCAAAGGUGGCUGCGGCGCAAAAAGAGGUCGAGGAAGCCAAGUACGACGAGCAGAUCCGCAAGAAGAACGCCGAGAUUCGCGAGAAGGAUGAGCUGCGCGAAGAGCGAACGUCUGAGAUCAACCUUUUGAAUCGACAUGCUGAGCUACGCGCUUCUCUCGGUCUCAAAAUGCAACAGGCCACUACGCGGAGAAACAAUGCACAAGGCCUCUUCGACCGUCACAAAUCUUCGCUGUCCGAUCGCAUUUGCACCGACAUGGAGCUGCGUGAUGUUGAGAACGAGGUUGUUCGCGUCCUCACAAAGCACGAAAAGCGACUAGGGGAGCUCGAGGCGGUCAACAGCGACAAAAAUCGGGAAUUGCAGCAAGUCGAGUCUGCCAUCUCUUUUGCUCGGAAGCAAAUCAAGUCAAAGCAGGAAGUAGCCGCCGAGCUGCAGCAGACAGUAAGCUCGAUCCUGUCGCCCGACUUCGACGACGCAGAAGAAGCCGUCAAGAUCUGCGCAGAGGAGAUUGCAGCAGCCAAAGACGAAUACGCCUCCAUCGACUCUCUAGACUCAUUUCUUCGUCGAGUACUCCGAGAGGCCAAGGGCAAAGGUCAUUGCUUCGCAUGCAACCGAGGUGUCACUCCGUCCGAGUACGAAGCUAUCGAGAAGCACGUCAACACCACCCUCAGCUCUAGCAACACGACCGAGAAAAAGAAGACGCUCAAGGCCGACAUCGACGGAUGGUCAGAGCGCAGCGCAGAGUGUCAGAUUGCUCUCGCCAAGGACGCUCAGCGAAAAGCCAUCGAAGAAGUCGAGAUCGUAGACCUGCGAAACACCAUCUCAAGUAAAGAAGCGGAGCUGAAAGAAGCAGCCGAAGCAGCCGAGACCUCAUCAGCCGAGGUGGCAAAGAUGCAAACGGAGCUCAAAGAGCUUCAGUCGCUUCGUCGCGUCGGCAACGACAUUGCCCGCCUGCUUUCGGAAGCUUCCGACCUCGACUCAGAGGUCCAAUCCUUGCAAAGCGAUCUCGCAACCACGGGUUCGACGCAGACGGGCGAGCAAGUCCAAGCUGAGAUCGACCAGCUAGCCGCUUCCAUCAAGGUGCUCAAGCGCGAGCUCAAUGUCUUGCAGCAGGACCGCGAGACGAAACGCACCUUGAUCAACAGCUUUGAAAGAGAUGCACAUCGAGCAGAGGUGACUGUCAUCACCAAGCGCCAGGAGUAUGCCAAGAAGGCUUCCAUCGAGGAACAGUUGCAAGAGAUGAACGCUGACCUAGAAGAGCAGCAAAAGCGCAUCAAGAGCCUCGACGCUGAGAUUGAAAGCUCUAGCACGCCCAUUCGCCGCGCCAAGGAUGGGCUUGAGUCAUUCAAGGCCGAGGCAAGCAAGGCGGAGAACAAGCUCAGAGCCAGGGUCGAUAAGCUGGAAGUCUGGGCGAAGCAGAUCCGGGAGCUCAAUGCUGCCGUCAAUGCAUACAUUCAGCAACGCGGGACACAGCGGCUCGAGGAAUGCGAGGAGGCUAUCCAGGAGCUGGUUGAAAAGAUCCAGGGCAUACACAGGGAUGUCAAGGAGCUGACAGACAAGAUCACUGAAUUGCAGAAGGAGGUCAACCAAUCACAAGCCACCGAGCGUAAUAUCCUCGACAAUAUCCGAUACCGACAGCUUGCCAAAGAUGUCCUGCAGAUCGAGGAGGAGAUCAACUCGCUUGACCUGGAGCAAGCGCAACGUAGUCGCAAGCACUUUGCUGACAAGUACACUGAAGCCAAGGAAGAAGAGAAUCGUCUCAACGGUGAAGCCUCUCAUCUUAGCGGAGAGCUUGCAUCGCUUCGCUCGCAGAUCAAGGGCCGAGAGCUCGAAUUGCGAGAUGAGUUCAAGGGUGUUCACCAGAACUACAAGCGCAAGCUCAUCGAAGUCAAGACCUCUGAGAUGGCCAACAACGAUCUGGAGAAGUACGCCAAAGCCCUCGAGAACGCCAUCAUGCGCUACCACGCAAUCAAGAUGGAGGAGAUCAACGACAUCAUUCGCUACCUUUGGCAGAAGACUUACCAGGGUACGGACAUCGACACGAUUCUGAUCAAGUCGGACAAUGAAGGCGCACGUGGCAACCGCUCGUACAACUACCGCGUCUGCAUGGUCAAGGACACAGUCGAGAUGGAUAUGCGUGGACGUUGUUCAGCUGGUCAGAAAGUGCUGGCGUCCAUCAUCAUUCGACUCGCAUUAGCAGAAUCGUUCGGUAGCAACUGCGGCAUUUUGGCGUUGGAUGAGCCGACGACGAACCUGGACAAGGACAACAUCGAGGCGCUGGCUAGGAGUUUGGCAGACUUGAUCAAGGAGCGGGCCGAGAACAGUCAGCUGCAGCUGAUUGUGAUUACACACGACGAGGAGUUCUUGACGCUGUUGGGUCAGAACGACGUGCUCGAAUACUACUGGAGAGUCAGCAGAGACGUUCAUCAGAAAAGCAUUAUCGAGCGUGAGCGCAUUCGCAACACCUGA